UGGUUGGUGGAAGUCCGCUCCGCUCUCACCACUCCCUGGAGCUGUCGACACGAACUGCGCUCAUUUACCGAGGAUACGGCUCCGCUGGGGAUUUCUUUACUCGUAUUGAGGGGAAAAAAAGUUCAGAGAAGUCGAUAAAUUUAUCCGUUUUGUUUGUGUUUAUUCCGAGUUUGUACUCUUGAAAGUUUUAUUAGUCGAGGAGAAAGACAGCAUGGUGCUCAAAUCGGAAGACGGAGUCGUGCCAGACGACCUCACCCCGGAGGAGCAGCAGGAGCUGGAAAAUAUCCGCCGGCGCAAGCAGGAGCUGCUGGAGGACAUUCAGCGGCUGAAGGAUGAGAUAGCAGAGGUGACCACUGAGAUCGAGAACCUGGGUUCCACCGAGGAGAGGAAAAAUAUGCAGAGGAAUAAACAGGUGGCGAUGGGCCGGAAGAAGUUUAACAUGGACCCCAAAAAGGGAAUCGGAUUCCUGAUCGAGAAUGACCUGCUGAAGAACACCAGCGACGACAUCGCUCAGUUCCUCUACAAAGGCGAGGGGCUCAACAAAACGGCCAUCGGAGAUUACCUCGGAGAGAGAGAUGAUUUCAAUAUCCAAGUCCUCCAUGCGUUUGUGGAGCUUCACGAGUUUACGGACCUCAACUUGGUCCAGGCCCUCAGACAGUUCCUAUGGAGUUUUCGGCUGCCGGGAGAAGCCCAGAAGAUCGACCGCAUGAUGGAGGCCUUCGCUCAGCGCUACUGCCAAUGCAACCCCGGUGUUUUCCAGUCCACAGACACCUGUUACAUCCUGUCGUUUGCCAUCAUCAUGCUCAACACCAGCCUCCACAAUCCAAACGUGAAGGACAAGCCCUCGGUGGAGCGCUUCAUCUCCAUGAACAGAGGCAUAAAUGAUGGAGGAGAUUUACCUGAAGACCUGCUCAGGAAUCUGUACGAGAGCAUCAAGAACGAGCCCUUUAAAAUUCCCGAGGACGACGGCAACGACCUCACACACACCUUCUUCAACCCAGACAGAGAGGGCUGGCUGCUAAAGCUGGGAGGGGGAAGAGUUAAGACCUGGAAGAGGAGGUGGUUCAUCCUCACCGAUAACUGUCUGUACUACUUCGAGUACACCACAGACAAAGAGCCGAGAGGAAUCAUCCCACUGGAGAAUCUCAGCAUCAAGGAGGUGGAAGAUAAGAAACCUAACUGCUUCGAGCUUUUCAUCCCUGACAACAAAGACCAGGUGAUCAAAGCCUGCAAGACUGAAGCCGACGGCCGAGUCGUGGAAGGAAACCACACCUUCUACCGAAUCUCUGCCCCGACUGCCGAGGAAAAGGAAGAGUGGAUGAACAGCAUCAAAGCCGCCAUCAGCAGAGACCCCUUUUACGAGAUGCUGGCGGCCCGGAAGAAGAAGGUGUCGUCCAUGAAGAGACACUAGAGCGGCCCGGCUGCCCUCACAUUGCACUUGAGCUGGGGGGGGGCGGGGUCCGGGGGUUUGGGGGUCCUGCUCACCCUCUCUGGGUCGGCGGUGAGGGUCCCAGACCCCUCCUGUGGGAUUCCUCCAGGACACACGCCAGGUCUGACUCUGGGUCGCCACUAGCCAGAAAAACAGGAAGCAUGCUGGGAUUUUUAGAUAAGAGUCGCCCGUGACCCCUUCCCCCCUCCCCCGUCUGAAUGUCUCUCUUUCUCUCUCAGCUUUGUAUGUGCUCUCAGUCUGAGGCCAGAAGGGCCUGAUCGCUGUGUGGAUCAGAAAAAUCCCUUCUGAAGAUGCUUCAAAAACACACAAACACACACACACACACACAUACAACAUGCAUACACUCAUGCAGCCCUCGUCACACACACCGUUUUAACUCAGCAGGUCUGACCGAGUGUGGCACCGACAACCAAAAUACCCCUCACAGUCUGAAAGAAACGCAGAGAGCUUUUCCAGAGGGGCUUCGAGACGUUUUUUGCUCAUUUGUUUCUAUUUUUACAGCUUUUGUCAAUUCCUCUGAAGUUUUUCUUUAGUUCGUUUGUUUGUUUGCUCUUUGAAAAAAAAAGAAAAAGGAAAAACCACAGAAAGUGCAGUGUGAUCUGCCAACUGUUAGCCAUUUUAUAGAAAAAAAUUAAAAUAAAAUAAAGUAAAAAAGGUGUGUUUUUAAAAAGAAGUUGCCACUCAGGAGAUUGUCGUAUUGAUGUGAAAUCAUGGCGGAAGACUUGCAUCUCAUUCACAUGCGGAGGGUGGAAACAGCAGCAGACUGAACCGUUUUUGUAAAUGUGAAAGUGCAGCGAGGGCGUCUGCAGGUCCGGACCGGGUCUCCGACCCUCCGCCGCCCCGGAGGUGCAUCCUGGGUAAUUUUAGCCAUUGUUGAAGAGACCUGAGCUCUGACACGGUUUGCAAUUUUCCCACAAUUCUCUCACCUCAUCUCCACUUCCUCUCACUCAUAUAUAAUGUAAAAUGUUUCAGAGUUCCUCUCCUGCUGCACAGUGCCUGGCGCUCUAGAUGAUAUUUGAUGAGAAAUGCUGCUGGUUAGCGACAGUAAUAUAGACUUUUUCUUUUUUUUUUUUUUUUUUUCCUCGCUAAAGCAUAGAUUUGUUUUUUUUUCUUAUCUUUCACGCACUUGUUCUUUGUAGAAUCGUUUACCUAUUUAAUGAUAAAACAUAUUAGCCUUGGACCCAGCCUCACUGAUCACUGUACAAUACUGCAUGUGUCAUACUCUUUUUAUGUAUAGGACAUAAUUUAUGACAAAUUGUUGUUAAAGGCUUUAAAAGAGCACAAUUAAAAUGUGGAUCGUUGUUCUAAAUUGCCUGGAGAGGAAUGUCUCGUCUCCGUCUCAGGAUCCGUUGUGAUACAGUACAGAACUACUUCUUUCUUGUGCCAGGAAUGUAACGCAGUGAACCAAAAGGCCGAUCCCCGGCGGCUCGGUCCAACCGCAAGAAAUCCGCAACCGAGUACAGUUUAACCAACGCCGAGCGGCCGCUCACCUCUCCGCGUCUCGUCUCCUCCGUGCCUGCUGUCCUUGACCUUUGCCCCCAGGCUCCCCUCCCCUCUGAUCCCCCCCUCCAGCGCACUGCUCUUAGAGGACUACGCAAAAAAUGCAAAACAAUCAUGAAUCUAGACAGUAUUGGUUUAUUUAUCAGAGUUGUACAUAUUUAAAUGUAUAGUGGGUAUUUUGUCCUCAUUUUGUUUCUCAUUAGUUUUCUUUUUAAAAAAUUCUGUUAUGUUUGAUUUCAGGUUUUUAUCAAUGCCAUUUAAUCAAGCUGAAAUAAAGACAGAUUUGUCACAUCA